ACAAACAUGGCGACGACCGUGAGCUGAACCAGUGAGCCUCGCCGAUACUUCAUGUAGCCUACAAAUUAAAUUGUAACUGUUAUAUUGUUACGUGCUAAGUAAGAUAGCCGAGUUUAAGACCUCUUCAGGCUACUCCGACUGAGGAUCUGUAGUUCAGACUAGUGAGAGGUUUUUAUUGAGUGUACAGACUGAAAUUAAUCGCAUUUAUGGGUGAAAUAAUUCCCGUCAGUAAAACUUCAACGACAGCGGAUGAAGCCAGCAGAAUGAAUGACUUGUUAGACGACGAAAGGCUGCAGGACUUGUAUGCGUGGGUCGACGAAAUUCCAUUAAGCAGGGUAAAAAAAAACAUGACUCGUGAUUUCAGUGAUGGCGUCUUGGUGGCAGAGAUCGUUCACCAUUUUGUACCAAAGAUUGUUGAGCUUCACAACUACACACCGGCCAACUCCACCCAGCAGAAGAUGAGCAACUGGGGAACCCUUAACAGGAAAGUAUUUCCUAAGCUGGGUUUCAGCGUGCAAGAGAUGGUAAUGCGGAGUAUUUGCAACAGCAGACCCGGGGUGGUCGAGGCAUUCCUGUGGCAGUUGAGGCAAAAGUUAGACACCUAUCUCAGACAAAGCAACAAAUCUGACAAGGUUAGUCCUGAUGGUUACCAUGGUGGAAAGGAAGUUGGCUCCGGUGCUGGCAAGGUGGACAAAAUGCAAGGCCGUGCUGGAGGGAGCAAAGCUCCUAAACACCCACCUCAAGCUCCCAAGGCACCCACCGUGCACACCAGCACCAAAGGGGCAAGCCAUGUUGGAAGAGUACGACCUCCUAACCACGUGAACGAGCUCAGCACAGAAGUCAGGCUCUUGUUGGAGGAGAAGGAACAGAACCUUCUGGCUUCGCAGGAGACAGUGCAGAUACUGCAAGCAAAGGUCAGACGCCUGGAACAGUUACUUCACCUGAAGGACAUCCGAAUAGAAGAACAAGCCAAACGAAUAGAGCAACUGGAGAGAAAGUACUAGAACCUUGUACGUGUCAAUAGAUUGCCACUGUGUACCAUAAUUUUACAGUUGUAUAUACAUGUAUAUAAAUAUGAAACUUGUACAUGUACGUAGUGCAGUACUUUGAAUGUAAAGGCAGGUGGAAGAAAUUUCGAGAGACGGGAAGGGCAAAGGUGCGGAAAGAUGUGGACGCAUGGGAGGAAUCUUCCAUGUAAGUUUUAUUUCUAAAUAAGGGCCUUUUGAGUUCUCUAUGCUAGGUUCGGUAUGUUGUGUGAACUACAUUCGGUAAUUUGGGAGUCUUGUAGUUGAGGCUUAUUUCUAACAUUUUUUGAUGUUUCAGUAAUAUUUUCCCAAUGAGUUACUGGAGCCUAGGCUAGCUACUUCCUGUUUCUUAUAAGGGCACUUGAGAUUUUCUUCGACGUUCAACUUCAGUGGGGGCCAUCGUUGGAUAAUGGUCUGUCUCACUGGGUUAAGAAUUUUUCUUCAUUUAAACGUUCAAGUUCGAAAUCAUUCAGAGCAAACUUCCCCUUGGAUGUGGGAAUGAGUUGGUGUAGAGAUGUGCUGUCUUCCAAUUGAUAUCUCGGUCCCUGUCAAUUUUUCAUGUUUACACAUCAUCAGUAGAACUGCACAGUUCAUUGGAUGAAUUCCGGUUUGUUCUCCCACCGUAGACUUUCGUAGCACAUGUAUUAGAUAAGAAUCCAGAACACGAAGUAUGUCAGUAUUUGACCUAUGUAAACGUCAUUCUUUGGCUCUAUAAGUGCACGUGGGCAUCGCUGUAAAGUGAGCUCCCCUGAAAUUUCGAGUGUUGUGGACCUGUCAUCUAUAUAUCACGUGUAUUUAGUUGAAAGGUUUAUGAAAAUCAAGUUUCUUGACAGCCUGAAGGUCGAUUAGUCACUGCGAAUGUGAGAAUCACGGAUGCAGUGUAGUUCACCCGCAUUUUCACUGCGCUUAAUUGGCCCUGCAGCCUGGAUCGGGCAAGAGCAAACACGACUGGUUUUGACAUGGUGCAAGAAGUUGAAAGCUGGUCUUAUCGCCCUACGGAUAGAUUUUUUGGGGGAAACAAUUCAGGGAACUACAGAAAGGGUAUCUAUUUGCUUUUAACAGUUCAGUUUGCCAUCACCUAACUUUAAAACGUGCUAUAAACCAUUUGACUUUUUUCAUCUUUGGUCUUGAUAACAGGAUCUUUAAUAUCAGUGAAAUCGAUGUUUUCACUAAUAAUUAUUCAGGUUAAAUCAAAAAUGGUGAAUGUCUAUUUGGACAGUAGUAUGGACUUAUAUUGUAUACUUGUUUAUUUAUGAAAUGCUAGUUGUAAGAAAGUUUUGGGGUAUAAUACAUUCCAAUUUAUGCCAUAUU